CUUCCUUCGAAAGCUUAAGACACGUUUUUUUUAAAAAUGACGGAAUUAAUUAAUCUCGUUUAAUCCUUAAUUUUCAUUAAUCAAAUCAGAUAAUUCUCUUUUAAAUUACCCACAUUUCUCUCAUCUCUAUUUACUCUCUCUCUCUCUCUCUCUCUCUCUCUCUCUCUCUCGCAAGAAAUCUUUCAAGAUAAGCAAAAUCCCGAUUGGGUUUGAGUUCUUGAUUUUCCAGUAUCUGCUCUUCUUCACACAGGUUUUUAUUUAUUUUAAUUUGUUCAUCAAGAGGAAUAGUUGCUCUUAUCAUCUUCACCUAAAGGAGCAACCUUCUUUUGGCCACCUCCCAAACUAGAUUAUGAUGGAUAGAACUCAGAAUGUAGCUAGUUUUUCUACCUCUACAUCCCAAAGCAGUCAGCAAAAUAUUGAGGAUGACAGAAUGAUUGCAAUUGUACUAUCAGAAGAGUUUGGUCAACAAGAUGGUGCUGUUGCUAAGCGCCUUUCUCAUCUGCCAUCCAUUCCACACGUUCCAAAGAUCAACUCCUACAUUCCCAACUUAAGUGAUGCUAGUCUAGAUCACCAGCGGCUGCUCCAGAGGCUUCAUGUUUAUGGCUUAUAUGAAGUAAAGGUUUCUGGAGAUGGCAAUUGUCAGUUUCGGGCACUUUCGGACCAAAUGUACAAGUCACCAGAGCACCACAAAUAUGUGCGCAAAGAGAUCGUAAAGCAGCUUAAAGACUUCCGUUCAUUGUAUGAAGGAUACGUACCUAUGAAGUACAAAACCUAUUACAAGAAAAUGGCCAAAUCUGGGGAAUGGGGAGACCAUCUUACCUUACAAGCAGCAGCUGACAAGUUUGCAGCAAAAAUAUGUCUUCUAACUUCAUUUAGAGACACCUGCUUUGUUGAAAUUGUUCCACAACACCAGGCUCCUCAGCGAGAGUUUUGGCUGAGUUUUUGGUCUGAAGUGCACUACAAUUCGAUUUAUGAAAUGCGAGAUGCUCCAAUUCGGCACAAACCUAGAAGGAAACACUGGUUGUUCUAGGGGCCUACCAGUAUCAAUGCAGCAGGUUUGGCUAUUGGGAAGCUGAGGCUGUGCGUACUGGUGUUGGUUAUUCUUUUUACAUUUUUGUACAUUUUUUCUUCAUGUCUUUGGAGCAUUUCCUUACCUACUUGUGAGGUCAAGGCUAUUUAUUGUAUUUGUUUUUUAUUCUUUGUAAAUUGUAACACAUCUUCUCAUGUACUACAACCAGUUUUCAAAGUAUCAAUUUGCCUAUCA